AUGGGUACGAGGGAAGUUCCACCGGUUGGGAAAUCCAGUCAAACAAUGGAAACAAAACGAAUAUGUAUUCUCGUUGUGAAUGAUGAUAUCAUAUGCAACAACAUUGUGGCUGAUAUGCUUCAAAACUGCAAUCACCAAGUAUUGCAUGUCGGAGGUGUUAUCAAUGUUUUAAAUGCAAUAUGGGAGAUACGCGACAAGCUUGAUCUUGUUCUAACGAAUGUUCAUAAGUUAGAAUCGGACGAGAUUGAGAUUGUUGAGCAUAUACGAGAAAAGUUAAAUCUGCCUAUAUUAUUUAUGUGUCCGGAAAUGAAUGAUCAAAAGAAGACAGUCUCAAAGGACCGACCAUUUAGUUUUGCAGCAUAUAUUUUACACGGUUCGAGCCAAAAUGUCUUAAGUCUAUGGAAAACUGCAUCUGCAAAGGAGAAAGCCAAAAUGGUGGCUGUCUCUCAGGAAGAAAAUGCUCGAACAACAUCAAUACCUAAUAUCGCGUUCGAAACAAAGAACAUGUUUUCAUCAAUUAACAACGCAGCAUGCUUUGACAAGAAAAGCACGAGUAAAGAACUUAAGCAGAAGAACGAACAGAGGGCGGGUAGCAAAGAUGACCGUUUGAUAGCAAAGAAACCGAGGGUCGUGUGGACGAUUGAAAUGCAUCAAAAAUUCCUUGAGGCUAUUGAAUUUAUAGGACAUGAGAAGGCAGUUCCCAAGAAAAUUGUCGAAGUUAUGGGUAUCCCAGGACUUACCAGAGAGAAUGUUGCAAGUCAUUUACAGAAGUAUCGUGGUAGCCUGAAACGAACUCAACAAACUCCCUUGAGUUCACUUUCUGACAACACUACAUUAAAGGGCUUUGAGGGGUUCUAUAAUCUGCCAUCACCUUCUGCUUCAAGGCUCAACUCGUUGCAAAGGAAUACGACACCUUUGUCCCAAAGUUCAUACACCUCUAUCCACCAAAAAUCUAUUACCGCAUCCAACUCACAAUGUCUGAACACCAGUAACAAGUUCGCCUUUGGCGACACAUCCAGAAGGAAAACUUACAUGACCUAUGUUCCUGAUCUACCUAAUGUAAGAAUAUACGGAGAUCAGAUGAGAAACAUGCUUCUAAAAACAGGCAAGAGUUGUCUAUCUGGUUAUUGUAACCAGUUUAGCAGUAGCAAAUUCGUCGGGUACAGAUUGAAGGCUGAUGGGAACUCUAUUGAAUUUGGUAGUUUUGAAGCUUCGGAAGAUGAUAAAAUUAGUAGCCAAACCUGUGUUUCUACUGCAGGGACGACUUAUGGAGAUGGGUCGACAACUUAUACUCAAUGUGACCUGGUUUCAUGUGAGGAUGCUUUUACAUUGACUGGCAACGUUGCUCUGUUAGGACAACAUAGAGGCACUUCAUUGAAGAGCCAAUCCGUUUUAGGGACUCAUCAACAUGAACAUACAAACACAAGUCAGUGUGUAAGUAUGUCAGAUAGUGAGUCAUCUCGAGAACAACUAGCUUUUCUUUCAACACAUGGUCUAAUGACUGAAAAUCUGGUCCAAAGCCGUUCAAUCCUAGGAAACAUCUCCAGACAACAGAUUGUUGCCCAAGAAUUAGGAAUCUUGGAGACAACAAAUACAGAAAAAUGCAAUAUAUCCCUCUUUGAUCAAGAUACGAAAACGCUUGGUAAUCCAUUGCAAGAUCUAUCUCAAAAUGACUAUUCAUUGCAAAUACCAUCAAUGCCCUUGGCUGUAUUCCCUCGUGAUCAAGAUUUUUCAAUGCUUCCAUUGGAGACGUUGUCUGGGAAUGAUUUACUGGAGAAUUCGAUGCAAUUUUUGGAGGGCAUCUCACAGUCACAACCACCUUAUUCUCCAUCAUCAUCGUUUCCUCAUCAUAUGCUCCAUAGUUUAGAUGAACUGCUUGACCAAGGGGGGAUUGAUAAUGCUCCCAUAGAAGGAAAUGGAAGCACCUCUCCAUUUGACUGCCAAAAUUUUGAUGAUGAACUCUUUAGGCAUGAUGAUUAG